AUGGAUAACACAGAUUUAAAAAUUUUAAUUGAUGAUUUAGUACUUAAUCAAAAUUUUCUUGAUUAUUAUGGUUUAAAAGCAUAUCUCCAAAAAUAUGAUAACAAUAUAACAGGUGAUGAUAUGGAAUAUUAUUAUCCAUAUUAUAAAAAUGAAAUUUUGAAAUAUCAUAAUAAAAUAAUUUCUGAAAUUAAAGACAAAAUUAAAAAUAAUGAAUAUACAAAGGGAAAAACUAAAUCACAACUUAAACAGUUGAAAGAUUUCAAAAAUAAAGUAUUAACAGAAGAAGAUAUUGAUGAAUUAUAUAAUUUAUAUAAUCCUGAGCCGCAAAAACCAAAGCCAAAGGAACAAAAACAAAAGGUGCAAAACGCCCAGGUCCUUCAGACCAUAAAUGAUGCACAAGCUUUAAUUUAUGAUUCAUUAGUUAAACCAUAUUCAGCCCGACUUUUAAAUGAAGAUCAACUUUUGGAAUUCAUCCUUCAACAUAAACUCGAAGCGGGAAAGUAUAUCAAACCUUUAUAUAUAGCAUAUUUAAAACAAAUGAAUAGAAUACAUCCAGAAUUAAUGAAAGGAGGAAUGAAAUCCAAAAUCAAAGCAGAUAAAAUUAAACCACUUGCAACACCAAAACCUCCAACGACAGUACCGCCUCCUCCUUCAGUUAAUCCUUCAUCAUUCACUUUAUUAUAUCCAUUUCAAACAUUAAAGAAGCAAAAAGAUUUUAAAAAGGAUUUCAAGAUAUUAAAUAAACCAAUUGACCCGAAAAUUCAACCGUUAAAGGAAAAAUUUAGUCGCCCUUCAUUUGCUCCAUAUCCAUAUUCAUACGAAAUCGAUCAUCUGGAAUAUUCAAAAGGAAAA